UGAGCAAAGAGGACUAGGCGUUGUUGUUAUUUCUUCGGUUGUGAAUCAAAAUAAGACAAACAAGUGGCUCAACAUACUCGAAAAUAGAUAUAAGUUUAUAGUGAUAAGAGAAAUUAAGCCCGCUAAUUACCCAGUAGUCAGACAAGUGCAAAAUGGGCUGUGCGGAAAGCAAGGACGGUGAGGGGGAGGCGCAAAACAAUAGGCCUAAAUACCGGUCCUGUACGGACACCUGCUGGCUGGCGAUUUAUAUUAUUUUCUGGCUGUUUUUGAUCGUGAUAGCCAUCUUUUCGUUUGUCUACGGCAAUCCCUUGCGCAUCAUCAAUGGCUACGACUCAUUUGGCAACACAUGUGGCGUCAAGCACAAUGAAAAGUUCCAGGGCUUUCCGCUUUCGGGCAUGAACACCCUCGACAAACGAGAACUCUUCUACUUCGAUGUCAAAGAACUAAAAAGAUCCUUGAAAAUAUGUGUCAAAUCCUGUCCCGCCAAAACCAUGACCAAAGGAAGUGACUUGCUGGAUUACUAUACCCAAACCGGCACUCAAUUUUGCACAUAUGAUUACAAUAUGCAGCAACUUAGUUCUGUGGGAAACGAUGCCAAAACCUUUAAUUUCCUUGGUCCCUGCCCUAGUUUUCCCGUCCACGAAAGUGCUCCUGUCCUCCAUCGGUGUGUUCCGAAGGGCACAGGAGAAAAGGUGCAGAACUAUUACGACAUGCUCAACAACUGGGAUGUGGCUCAGCAGUUCGUUGGUGACAUUUACUCCACCUGGCACAUCAUUGCCAUGGUCUGUGGUCUGGCAUUGCUCAUAUCUAUCGCUUUGGUGACGAUGAUGCACUGGUUAUCUCGUAUCGUCUCAUGGAUCAUCUGUGUCCUGGUCAUAGUGGCCAGUGUUGCUCUUACCGUUGCUCUGUGGUAUGCCUACUAUAACAUUCGCUAUAAGUCUGGCGUGAAUACUCAGUAUACUCUGCUAGAAGAGUUUGUUCGCAAUCAGCAAGCGGUUUUAACCCUGGCUGUCUUGGCCACCAUUACUAUGGUUAUCCUUAUUGUUGUUAUAUACUUUUUGAAAAACAAAUUGGCCGGCUUGUCUGCUCUUUUUGAGGAAGCUGGGCAGUGUAUGAUGAAUCUACCAGGACUUUUAAUUGCACCGCUCUUGGCUUUCCUUGUGCUCAUAGCCUUCUUGAGUUUUUGGGUUGGAGUUGUCAUUUGUCUAGCUACCGCCAGCUCACCUGACCAGAGUCCCAUCGCUCCGUUUGAUAACUCCAAAGCUCAUCGCCAGCCGUUGCCAGCUAAUGCGUUAUUUGUUUCCAAUAACACCAGUGUCAAUGAUUUAAGAACGAAUUCCCGGGUAGAAUAUGCCGAUGCUGGUGCCCUUCGCAGCAUGUUCUGGAUCUAUGUGGUCGGUCUUAUUUGGACGGUGGAGUUUAUUUUCGCCUGCCAGCAGUUUGCACUGGCCGCAGCUGUGGCAUUUUGGUACUUCCAAAAGCCAACGACCACCCCUACAAUUUACGCCAUUGGAAAACUAAUCAAGUAUCAUUUGGGUACAGUGGCUAAAGGAUCCUUUGUAAUCACUAUCUUCAAGAUUCCUCGCUUAAUACUCACAUAUUUGUAUGCCAAACUGAAAAAAGGUGAAGACAAAGGAUCAGAGUGUGCCGCCUGUUGCUUGAAGUGCUGCAUUUGUGGCUUCUGGCUGCUGGAGAAGUUCAUUCGGUUCUUGAAUCACAAUGCCUACACUGUGGUGGCUAUUGAGUCAAUCAACUUCUGUCCCGCUGCAGGCAUUGCUUGGAAUGCCAUGGCCACGAAUGUUUUACAAGUGGCCACCAUUAACAGUGUUGGAGACUUCAUCCUCUUCCUGGGAAAGGUUGUGGUGGCCGCUCUAUCCGGCCUGAUCGGUAUCGUUUUGCUCAAGGACAUGCCUGGUCUAAACUUUUAUAUGGCUCCUGUCAUAAUCAUUAUAAUAUUCUCCUUCUUCAUCGCUCACAUUAUUCUCUCACUGUUUGAGAUGGUGGUAGAUACUUUAUUCCUCUGCGUCUGUGAGGAUAAGACCCUGAAUGGUCGCUCUGGUCGCUGGGCACAAAGCAAUUUAGCUAAGCUAGUGGGCGAGGAACCGCUGCAGCCUGGAGAGGAGCCGCCCAUCGAGGUGGUUCAAAUGAUGCCCAUCAACAAACAGCCAUUCAGUAUUACCAGACUUCCCCAGUCUGAUCCCGAGGUGGCUCCUAUGUCGCCAGAAUAACUCAAUGAAGCAACAGCUUGAUGCUAUACCUUGCGUAUUCCAGCCCCAGAAACCCCCCGAAACUCAACGCACAUCUCAUUAGGAUGUUAAUAUUUAUAAACAUACCAUAACUCCGUCGCGACGUACAAAGUAGAAAAGUGGGACUAAUAAUAACUGAUAAUCUUGUCUAUUGAUAUAUUCAAACUUAGGAUGCACAGUUUGUAAACGUAUUUAUAAAGUUUAAUCGUUUUUUAUCUAAAUGUAAAAUGGCGUGUUUAAACCUUUUUAACACGUUUAGUA